AGCGUGGCGGGCGGCGGCAGUCUGUCCCAGCGUGCACUGAACCAGUCAGGAACAUUUUUACAUCGCAUCCCGAUUUCACCAGACGUCUCUUCGAUAUUAGCGGCAUCAUCGGCGUCACACCAACAGACUGUGAAAGUGAGUCUCAGGGCACGGUGAACUUCGUCCUCUCCAAAGAAGGAGGCGACCUCUCUCUGGUGGAGCAGGCCAACGUCUGGCUCUUCCUCCGUUUGGCGAAGACCAACCGCAGCCGAGCCAAAGUCACCAUCCGCCUCUUCCAGCAGCGCCGGCUCCCAAACGGACGCCCGUCCUUGCCGCAGGACGACAUCCUGCUGGCGGAGAAAACCGUGGAUACUCGUCGCAGCGGCUGGCACACCUUCCCGGUGUCAGCGGCGGUUCAAGCGCUCCUGGAGAGCGCCGAGAGCACAACGCUGAGCCUCAGAGUCUCCUGCCCGCUCUGCGCCGAUGCCGGAGCGACGCUCGUCCUGGUCUCCGGCGGCUCAGAGGCGUCGCAGCGCGCCAACCAGCGGGAACAGUCCCACCGGCCCUUCCUCAUGGCUGUGGUCCGGCAGGAGGAUGGCGGCGACUCGCGGCGGCGCAGGAAGCGAGGGCUGGAGUGUGACGGGAAGGUGCGCGUCUGCUGCAAACGGCAGUUCUACGUCAACUUCAAAGACAUCGGCUGGAACGACUGGAUAAUCGCGCCGCCCGGUUAUCAUGCCAACUACUGCGAGGGCGAGUGCCCCUCCCACGUGGCGAGCAUCACCGGGUCCACGUUGUCCUUCCACUCCACCGUCAUCAGCCACUACCGCAUGCGGGGCUACAGCCCCUUCCAGAACCUGCGGUCGUGCUGCGUGCCCACUCGGCUACGCGCCAUGUCCAUGCUCUACUACAACGAGGAGCAGAAGAUCAUCAAGAAGGACAUCCAGAACAUGAUCGUGGAGGAGUGCGGCUGCUCGUAAAACCGAGCCGAGCCGCUCCGCCACGAACUGGACUGGAGAGGACGGGACAGAGAGAGAGAGAAACAGGGAUGAGAUGGAGGGAGGAGAGGACGAAGACCCGCUGACUUUAUCUUCAUUGUCACUUUUACGUGCGGCGUCUCGCUCCGCGCCUCCUCUCUCCAUCCCUCCGUCACUCCGGGUCGCUCUCUGGGACUCUCCUCCGUCCUUGUCCAGCAGAACUCUGGAAGAGUCUAGACGGCACUUUCAAAAAUAAAACCAGAAAAAAAAGAAAGAAAAAAAAAGAAUAUCUAAUAUAUUUUUGUUACAAAAGGAGGGAGCGAGGCUUAUUUAUGUGGCUGAGACGUUCAAGCACCAAUCGACCCGUCAGACCUCGGAGAGACGAGGUGCCUGAAAAAACUACUAACAACGAAAUCUCAAAACUAUGCAACUUGUUUCACGUAUUACAAUCUUAUUUGACUUUGUCUCCUUUUUGUUUCCCAACUGUUUACUUUUUUUCAAAAUGUACGAGGAGGAAAGAAGAAGACUCUUUUUGUAUUAUUUUUUGGAAGUAU